UCUUGUUUGCUUGACGUUCUCCCAUUUUGGUUAUUUUAAGAGCUGAUCAAGACCAAUGAAGGCGAUGGGAUUUAUUUGGAUUGCACUGGUUCUGGUAGCCAUGCGAAACAUGCAAGCCACAAGGUCGCUGGACAUCGGCGUUUGUUACGGGAUGCUCGGCGACAACCUGCCGGCGGCCGCCGACGUCAUCGACCUCUACAAGAAAAACGGGAUAGAGAAAAUGAGGCUGUUCGACCCAAACGCCGCCGCCCUCAAUGCUCUCAAGGACAGCGGCAUCUCCGUCGUCCUCGGCGUCCGCAACGAAGACCUUCAGGCCAUCGCCGCCAGCCAAGACGCCGCCAACGCCUGGUUCAACACCCACGUCGCGCCCUACGCCGGAGCUGUUGACAUCCCCGUCAUCUCCGCGGGUAACGAGGUCAUCCCCGGCCAGUAUGCCCAGUACGUCCGCCCCGCCAUGGACAACCUCCAGCACGUCGUCAAAACCAACCUCCCCACGACCCACGUGAGCACAGUGGUCGCCACCGGCCUCCUCGGCAAGUCCUACCCUCCCUCUGCCGGCGAGUUCUCCGACGAGGCGAAAACCGACAUGACCAACGUCCUCUCGUUCCUAGCCCAGCAUGGCUCGCCGCUCCUCGUUAACGUCUACCCCUACUUCGCAGUGGCGGCGGACCCGCAGCAGCUGGACUACGCAUUAUUCACGGCGACAGGGACGGUGGUUCAGGACGGGAACUUGGGGUACUCGAACCUAUUCGACGCGAUAGUCGAUUCGAUGUUUUGGGCGACAGAGAAGGCAGGGUUGCCGGUGGAUGUGGUGGUUUCGGAGAGCGGAUGGCCGUCGGCGGGGAAUGGGAACUUGACGACGGUAGAAUUGGCGACGACUUAUAACAAGAAUUUCAUGCAGCACAUACUGGCCAAGAAAGGGACGCCUAAGAAUCCCGGGGCUAACAUAGAUGGAUAUAUUUUCGCCAUGUUCAAUGAGAACCAGAAGCCUGCUGGAGUGGAACAGAAUUUUGGACUGUUCAAUCCUGACAUGAGCGUUCUGGAGCCCAUAUUUGGGAACUAA